UGUACAAAUUAUGGUACAAUGGUGUAAAGUAAAAAAAUACUACAAUUAAAAAAGCCGCAAACUCUGCCAAGCUUGUUAAAUUUCACAGUUAAACAAUGGAGUCAACUACUUUAUGACAACUCGGCAACAAAACAAACAAGUCGCAAAGACGUAGAUAUAAUUUGAAAUGACAUCUUGAAGAAGAAGGACCAAAUUAGCUGGUCUUAAAGCAUUUUGCCAGUAAAAAGAAGAAUCAUUCAACCAUGCCGGGAGUGAGUGAGAAGACAGCUCUGGAUGUAAUGAAGAAGGCGAUGCAGAGUGACUCGAAGACAGACCAGAAGAACAAACAGUCCCAGGUCAUGCUCAGAGACAAGCACGGCAAAGUGGACAGGGACAACCUAGUCUACCAGCAGCUGUACCUCAAAGAGCGGGCCAAGUGUUUGCAAGACGUGCGCAAAUGUGAGAUAGAACUGAACUUCCUCCGAGACAACAUGGCCAAACAGGGGGGUCCUGAUCCAGACAGGGGGUACCUGGGUGCCGGAGGGGGUCCUGGGAGGAUAGCCGAAAGAAAGAGUCCAGUUCAGAUUUCGAACGAGGUUUUCAGCAGUGCCAUGAACAAAGGAAAACAGGCGUCAAUUAGAUUUGAGGCUCUCUUUUUUUUUACUACAUUUGAAGCAUCAUUUUACACACUAGACACGAUAAUAAUAGUAAACUCCCUCUUGAUGAUGGAAAAAAAUACGGUAAUUUCUUAA